CCAGCAUCCCCAGUAUCUCAUUCUCAUCCGAUCCUACAGCCAGUGUUGUUCUAGACCAGAGUUCGAGCAAGGAGCUAGCUGAGCACUUGCACACAGCUCUGCUCGAUCGUGUAGCUAGCGAAGCCACAGUGACCGACUUUGCUGUAGCGGAUAAACCACCGGACCAAAACCGAUCCAUCCAUCCAACCACAGAACACGUACGCGUAUACUAGAGACAUGGCCUCCGCGAUCAAGGCUGCAUCGACCUCCCGGUGGUCUUCGUCCCCGGCGGUACAGUCGUCGCCGCUCCCGAAGCGGGUCGCCAUGCCGGGGCGCCGGAGGUCUGUGGCCACUGUAAGAUCGGUCGCCGCGGUAGCUCCGGCUGCCCCGGCGCCGGCCAGGCUCACCGGUGCCGGCCUGACGGUGUCGCAGACCAUGUCCAAGCUCAGGGCGCAGGGCAAGACGGCGUUCAUCCCGUACAUCACCGCCGGCGACCCGGACCUGGCGACGACGGCAGAGGCGCUGCGGCUCCUGGACGCGUGCGGCGCAGACGUCAUCGAGCUCGGCGUGCCCUUCUCGGACCCCUACGCCGACGGGCCGGUCAUCCAGGCGUCGGCGGCGCGGGCGCUGGCGAGCGGCACGACGCCGGACGCUGUGCUGGCGAUGCUCCAGGAGGUGACGCCGGAGCUGUCCUGCCCGGUGGUGCUCUUCUCCUACUUCAACCCCAUCGUGCACUGGGGCCUGCCCGACUUCGCCGCCGCCGUCAAGGACGCCGGCGUGCACGGCCUCAUAGUGCCCGAUCUCCCGUAUGGAGCCUCGUGUGCUCUCAGGACUGAAGCCAUCAAGAACAACAUCGAGCUGGUGCUGCUCACAACACCAUCUACGCCAGCGGAUAGAAUGGAGGAGAUCACAAAAGCUUCACAAGGAUUCGUGUAUCUCGUGAGCGUCAAUGGAGUUACAGGUCCACGCGCAAACGUGAACACACGUGUCGAAUCUCUCAUCCAGGAGGUUAAACAGGUCACUGACAAACCUGUUGCUGUUGGCUUUGGCAUAUCGAAACCUGAGCAUGUAAAGCAGAUUGCAGAGUGGGGUGCAGAUGGUGUGAUCAUUGGCAGUGCAAUGGUGAGACAAUUAGGUGAAGCAGCCUCUCCCAAAGAAGGCUUGAAGAGGCUAGAGAAAUAUGCCAGGAGCAUGAAGAACGCACUACCAUGCCAGUGAACUAGUCGGAUGACGCAAUAUAUAGGCUGUUAGCAUGCACGUUAGAAAAACAAUCUUGGCAGGAGUAGGACAACUAAUAAUGAUCCAUUCAGCAAGAUUGCUUUGUACACAUUGUAACGAAAAGGUAUCAAUACAAAACUCAGCGAUUCCUAACUCAAUACAAAAAUCAACAUUGCGUUAUUGAA